AUGCAUCGACGAGACCUAGAAAGGAGUGAGAAAGUUCUUGGAUGGAAAAAUGACGAGGCGGAAGCGAUGCAUCGACGGGCGUUGGAGGCACGAGAGAAGGUGCUUAGAAGCGAGCAUCCUAACACGCUCACUAGUGUUAUUAACAUUUGCAAUAUACUCUAUAGCAAAGGGAAAUAUAAAGAGGCGCAAGGGAUGUUUCAACGGGCUUUAGAAGGAUGUGAAGCGCUACUAAGAUAUGAAAACCUCGAAACAGUGAUAAGUCUCGUCAUUCUUUAG